GCCCCCGCCACCCCCCGGCUCCUGAGGGCACAGGGUGUGCAGCAGCAUGGGGAAGGAAACUUGCGCAAGAGCAAAAAUAAGGCCCAAGCCCCCACCCAGGAGCCCAGCCCUGCCUCCCGGAGAGGAACUUCCCAUCGCCGCAGCCUGACAGAGGAAGCUGGGGCUGAACGACACAGCGUCUCUCCCGCCCCGCGGCACAGUAUGGGGCCGCCGCCAGGCAGCUAGAGCCGCAGCGGAGCCGAGCGAGGAGCCGGCCAUGCCCAGGAAGGAUCCCCGGCACCCGGGCCCCGCCGCGCCCCAGGCGCUGCCCCUGCUGCUCGCCCUGGCGGGGGCCGGGGUGGUGAUGAGCCAGCAGCGCUUCCCCCUGCCCCAGCCUCUGUCUAUCGACAACAUCGCGGCGACCGGGGACAGCCUCCUGCUGGCGGGCGGCAACUGCCUGUACAAGCUGUCCCCGUCCCUGCAGGAGCAGCUCGGCCUCCGGCUCCUGGAGGGGGCGCAGAACUGCACUCACCCGGCGGGCACCCGCAACAAGCUGCGGCUGCCCGACCUGCAGGGCGACCGCCUGCUCACCGGCUGGGCGCUGCACGGCGGCAGCUGCCAGGUGCGGCAGCUGAGCAACCUGCAGCCGCAGACCAACCAGAGCGAGGUGGUGAGCUGCCUGCCGCAAGGCUCCACCACCGGGCUGCUCUUCGCGCCGCUGGAAGACACCGAGCGCUACCUGGCGCUGGCCGCCGCCUACCAGGUGCCCAAAGUGAAGACCAUCUGCGUGUCCUCGGUCUCGGACGCCAACACGGCGCUCACCAUGCGCCGGCUGCAGGACCUGAGCCUCACCAGCGGGGACUCGGCGACGGUGAAGCGCAAGGAGCCGCCUCUGCACUUCGUGGACGCCUUCCUGUGGGACAAGCACCUCUUCUUCCCAUACUACCCCCUCGGCGAGGCAGAGGCGCAGCCCAGCGUGGCCCUGCUGCGGAUCCCGGAGAAGUCCGCCCUCGUCUUCAACCACUUCGGAGAGGUGCGCCUGGACUGUGGCGGCCGCGGCAUCCUGCUCUCCUCCAGCCUCCUGGGGGCGGAGGGCUGGUGGGCCGGGGUCUUCAGCACCAAGCAGAGCGACAGGAGCUGGAACUCUACCGCCCUCUGCAUCUUCAGCACGCAGGAGAUGGUUAACCACAGCGGGACGACAGGCAGCAACUGCCGCGAUCAGAUGAUAAUCAAUGAAUCCCCCAAUUGUCGAAAGCAGAUAUCACCGGUCAAAACGUCUCCUACCUUAAUUCACUCUGAUUUAUCAGCUGUUUAUGCUACUGUAAUUUUGAACAAGACAGUUUUGUUUUUGGGAACAAGAGAUGGACAGUUACUGAAGGCUAUUCUUAACAACAAAAUGGAACCGAACUGCCCAGAGAUUUUAUAUGAAAUUGAAGGAGAAACUCCAGUUUUUCCCAAACUUAUACUUGACCCACUGGAUAGUGACUACAUAUAUCUGACAUCUGCUGAUGAGGUGAGAAGAAUACCGGUUGCAAACUGCAAUAAGUAUGGUUCCUGUAAAGAGUGUUUGUCUGCAAAGGAUCCACACUGUGGAUGGUGUUAUUUAAGGAAAAGAUGCACUUUAAAAGGAAAUUGUUCACAUGCAAAUAACUCAAGAGACUGGGUUAACAUUUCACAUGAAGCUGGUAAAUGUCUUACAAUCCAGACACCUCAAAUUGAUAGAAACAAGAUCGUUGUGACAGCAGUUGGAGAUGUUUCAACACACUCCAUAAACCACCUAGUUUGUAUUGUGAAAAAUAUAAAAACAAACCAAGUGCUUUGUAAGAAGGAAAAGCCACAAAUCAUGAACUGUUCAUGUGAGCUAAAUAAUGCAGCCUUAAGUGAGACCGCUGUUGAAGUGACAUUCAUCUUUGAUUCUUGGAAUUUGUCAGAAACAUUCCAGUUGAAAAAUUGCCAAAAAUGUAUCUACACCGGUAAUUGCACCUUGUGUACAGUAAAGCAUCUCUCUCCCUUUGCUGCCUGUAAGCCUGAUGAUUCUGGGCAAGAUCAGGAUGAUUGUCAUGGGUUUGACAAACAAGGGAAUGUGCCAGCCACCACUGAUUCCCCAAUGGAAGCUACUACACAGAUGUCAAAGCUUAUCAGCAUUGCUUCCAUAGAACCUUUAUGGAUAUCAGUGUUAGGAAAAAAGGAAGUGAUAAUCACAGGAGGAAACUUUACAAUAGCAUCAAACAUUACAGUGGUGUUGUCUGGAACCAGUGGCUGCAAACAAGAUAUCAUACCAAUCAGCAAGGUGUUAAAUGACACACAUGCGAGAUUCUCUUUCCCACCUAGACGCAAAGAGGCCAAGAGAGUAUGCAUAAAGGCCAAUAGGGGUAAAUGUUCAACACCAAUCACAGUGUAUUAUGUCUCUAAGCCAUCAUGUACUAAAAUGGAGCCAAACAUCACCUGGGCCAGUUCUUUUUAUAGUGGCGGCAACAUACUCCUCUGUGGGAGGAAUUUUAAUGUGACAGACAGUAUCAUUAUUUCAGAUGACCAGAGAACAGAUAUUACUAUCUUUGGAUGUUCUGGAAAAAGUUCAUGUAGUUUCCAAUCACCAGCUUUACUAUCUUUUAAAAGUCUUAAAAUUGUUAAUGUGUCACUAAAAGUGGAAAAUGUCCUUAUACCUUGUAUGAAGUUACAAUAUCAUCCUGAUCCAGUAUUUAUUGAAUAUCAACUCCAUACUGAGAUGGACCCCCAUCUGGAAUUAAAAUUAUAUAAAAAAAAUGACAUCUUAGAUAUUUCUGAAAAUGAGAUUAAAGUUACUCUCUCACACAUGAAUGGCGCAGUUUUAGAAACUAUAAACUUCACAGUUCAAAAUAUUACCAGAACCACAGAUCGUAGUACUAUACUGUGCAAAGCUGAAAGGAAAAAACUGGGAAAGAUUGAGUUAUCCACAGUGAAAGUUUAUGUCAGCUUAGGAAACUUUAUGCAGGAAGUUGAAAAGAAAUCAUUGCACAAGUACUUGUAUGUUCUUACUUUGCUACCUAUCUUAUUACUGGGUGUAAUUGUUGUGGCAAUCGUAGUAACUAGGUAUAAAUCCAAACAGUUAACUCGUAAAAUGAGUCAACAAAUCGAACUGUUAGAAUGGGACAUUCGAAAGAAAAUACGUGAUGGAUUUGCAGAACUACAGAUGGAUCAGUUAGAUGUGGUGGAUAAUUUUGGAACAGUUCCCUUCCUCGACUACAAACAUUUUGCUCUUAGAACUUUCUUCCCAGAGUCAGGUGGCUUUGCAUCCAUUUUCAUUGAAGACAUGCACGCUAAUGUGCCACCGAGCAGAGAUCACAAGCAAAAGGAUGAAAGCCUCACCAUGUUGCAUGCUUUAAUUUGUAACAAGAAUGUUCUUGUCACACUCAUUCACACCCUUGAAAAACAGAAAAGUUUCUCUGUGAAAGACAGGUGCUUGUUUGCAUCCUUCUUGACUAUUGCACUACAAAGUAAACUAGUCUACCUAACCCAUAUUCUAGAAGUCUUGACCAGGGACUUGAUGGAGCAGUCUAGCAACACGCAACCUAAGCUCAUGCUAAGGCGCACAGAAUCUGUUGUAGAAAAACUCCUGACAAACUGGAUGUCUAUUUGCCUUUCUGGUUUUCUUCGGGAGACAGUUGGAGAACCAUUUUAUAAGCUUGUGACUGCCCUCAAUCAGAGGAUAAACAAAGGUCCAGUAGAUGUAAUCACUUGCAAAGCCCUGUAUACACUAAAUGAAGACUGGCUUCUGUGGCAAGUGACCGAAUUCAAACCAGUGGCACUGAAUGUCGUCUUUGAAAAAAUCCCAGAAAAUGAGAGUUCAGAUACGUGUCUUAAUAUCCAAGUUAAUGUUCUGGAUUGUGAUACCAUAGGGCAGGCCAAAGACAAGAUCUUUCAAGCAUUUCUAAAUAAGAAUGGCUCUCUUUAUGGUCUUCAGCUCAGUGAAACUGGUCUUGAACUUCAGACUGGUGCGCAGCAUAGAGAACUGUUAGAUAUAGAUGGUUCCACUGUGAUUCUGGAAGAUGGGAUAACAAAGCUAAACACCAUAGGUCACUAUGAGAUUUCAGAUGGAGCAACUAUAAAAGUCUUUAAAAAGGAAACUAAUUUCACAUCAGAUGCAGAAUAUGCUAAUGACCACUGCCAUUUGAUUUUACCUGAUUCUGAGGAGCCACAGGGAGCAAUGCACAAAGGAAAACAGAAAUUUGAAAUGAAAGAAAUGUAUUUGACAAAGCUGCUAUCUACCAAGGUUGCAAUCCAUUUAGUUGUUGAAAACCUCUUUAAAAGCAUUUGGAGUUUACCCAACAAUAAAGCUCCAAUUGCCAUCAAAUACUUUUUUGACUUUUUGGAUGCUCAGGCUGAAAGUAAAAAAAUUACAGAUCCUGAUGUGGUCCAUAUAUGGAAAACCAACAGUCUUCCUCUUCGCUUCUGGGUGAACAUAUUAAAGAACCCUCAGUUUGUCUUUGAUAUUAAAAAGACACCACAUAUAGAUGGCUGUUUGUCAGUAAUUGCACAAGCUUUCAUGGAUGCCUUUUCUCUAACAGAACAACAGUUGGGAAAGGAAGCACCAACAAAUAAACUUCUCUAUGCUAAGGAUAUUCCACUGUACAAGGAGGAGGUAAAAGCUUACUAUAAAGCCAUCAGGGAUUUGCCUCUAUUGCCCUCAGAAGCAGAAGAAUUUUUAACUCAGGAAUCUAAGAAACAUGAAAAUGAAUUUAAUGAAGAUGUGGCCUUGACUGAAAUCUACAAAUACAUAGCAAAAUAUUUUGAUGAAAUUCUGCAUAAACUAGAGAAAGAACAAGGACUAGAAGAUGCCCAGAAAGAUCUCCUGCAUGUAAAAGCCUUAUUUGAAGAAAAGAAAAAAUGCAAGUGGAUGUGAACAAAGCAUACAGGCCCAUGACUAUGAUGUGGUGAAUUUCUAAACUAGAGGUCCUGAUACCAAACUAGUAUUUUGGCUGGUUAUGUGUUUCUUUUUUAACAUGUGGACACUGGCCUCUUCUGUGACCAUUUACAGUAUAAACAACAGGGCUAGACUUUCAAAUAUGGGCAAGUAAAAGUGCACGUGAACCCGAUGCUCAUAUGUACAACUUG